UUGGGGGUCCUUGGGGGACCCUAUAUUUAUACAGUUGCUAGCAUGACCCCAUUCUGUCUUGCAGGUUGUUUCAACAUUGGCUUCGCUAGGUGGGCAGCUAGGCAGUGCACUGGGCACCCGAGAUCGCAUGAUGAUGGUGAUGAAAAGAUUAGAAGAAUUGGAACGUUACUUGGACCCCUCGUACGGUGAAUCCCUCGAGUUGACAGACAGUAUUAAGCUCGAUUUGGUGUUGGCCCGUGAGGAGCAGCUGCGUAACCAGUACCAGCACCUCAAUACAAUGAACUCUCUCAAGAGUGUCCUGGACUCUCAGCACAUCUCAGAUACUGCCAAUUUGGGUGACGAGUUGAUUCAGAUAACCAACAGACACAACCAGGAUGAGGAGGCAGCCACUCAGCAGAGCAUCCAGAUCAAGCAGAUGUUAGACCAAUAUAAUGCUAUCCUCCAUACUCUCACAGAGACCUUCAUCAAGAUGGAGGAAGUAGUGACGAAGGCAGAAAUAGCAGCGCUGCCCAAAACUAUGGAAGAUUGAGAAUUGCAAGACUCGUACUGCAGCCUAGGCUCUGACUAGGCACAUGUUAGCUGACAGGCAACUGUUACCUCCAUGUACUGGACUCACUUUUUUUUUGUGCUUGCUGGGGUCUAGUCGCAUCUAGCCUGAGGGGGUUGUAGGAAUCCCUAGUGUAUUCCAUUGUGGUAUAACUUUGACGUACAGUACUCAAUAUCAGCAGAUUUAUUUUAUUUAUUUGUGAUUAUUGUCCUAUUAGGUAAUCACAUUAGUAGGAAUUUAGUUUCAAACAUUGUUAGUAUGAACUGCAGUUUGUUAAAAUAUGAUUAGCAUAAAACUAUCAACAUUAUUAAUUAAGAUAAGUUGGAAACACAUUCUUUAAUUUUUUUUAUACAAGAUUUCAUUUUUUUUUUGUUCUAAAAUUAGUUAAAUUUUCAUAUAUAGGGUAUGAGUGAGAAUGGAUGUUCUGAGUGUGUAUGUAUGGAUAGUUAAUUGUAUGAAAUACUGAAAUGAUAUAAAUAAGAUAAAUGUAGUUACAUGGAAUCCUUAUUAAUGACUUAUACCAAUGUUUGGGGCUUUAUCAACUUGCAAGAUGGUAAGCCGGGUAAGAGAAAUGAAUAUACAUAUAAAUAGUAGUGGUGAGGCAAGGAACAAGCAGAUGCUUGGAGGCAGUGUGACAGUGUGCACUCCACUUUUAUUUCAUAUCACCACUACCCAUUUUACUUUUCCACCUUCUCUUUAAAAAAUUGUCUCUCUGUUUGGAUAAAGUUCACUACGGAUGAAAUGUUGUUAAUGAAAGAUUCCAUAUAACUAUGUUAGUGUGUCUACUUGUAGGUUCACUGAUGUUGUCCCAGCCCAGGUCUUCUCUAGAUGGUGACUGGCAGUGUCUCUACUACAGUGUUUGUGUAUGUUAUCUUAUUUUAGGGUUUGCAGUCUUUGUGUUAUUUAAUUUCUCAUCUAAAUAUUGAUCUAAACUUGCCAGCUUUUGAAAUACAGUGGAACCUCCACUCAUGAGUUUAAUCUGUUCCCUGACCUUGCUUGCAUCUGGAUUGCUCAUUUGCAGAGUCAGUUUUCCUCAUUUAAAUUAAUUGUAAUGCAAUUAAUCCAUUCCCGGCUCUCUGGAGGCACCACAAGAUACUUCAAUAAUUCACUAAUAUAAUCUAUACGGCUUAUUUAUCUAUCACAAUUCAUCUAUCAUGACAUAAUAAACAAUAUAAAUAACAUAGAAACCUGAUACAUACUUUAGAAUGAAUAAAAUAUGUCAUUCAUGUAGUGGUAUGGGCGGCAUCAGGUGGUGGACGAGAGUUUGUCUGGUGACAGGAAAAAAUACUCCUUGAAUAAUUUCGCUAAUAUAAGCUCUACGGCAUAUUUAUCUAUCACAAUUCAUCUAAUAUGAUAUAAUAAACAACAUAAAUAACAUACAAAGAAUAAAAUAUGUCAUUAUGUGACAGGUGGAGGUGGCCACAACCACUUCCGCAUUGUUGUGGUAAACACUGCCAUCUAGUGACGGCCUUUUGAAGCCGUCUGUUAUUAUAAUUUUUAUUAUAUGGUACAUUUUUUUUUUUUUUAACAAGUCGGCCGUCUCCCACCAAGGCAGGGUGACCCAAAAAGAAAGAAAAUCCCCAAAAAGAAAAUACUUUCAUCAUCAUUCAACACUUUAACCUCAUUCACACAUAAUCACUACUUUUGCAGAGGUGCUCAGAACACAACAGUUUAGAAGCAUAUACGUAUAAAGAUACACAACAUAUCCCUCCAAACUGCUAAUAUCCCGAAACCCCUCCUUUAGAGUGCAGGCAUUGUACUUCCCAUUUCCAGGACUCGAGUCCGGCUAUUUAAAAAUAACCGGUUUCUCUGAAUCCCUUCACUAAAUAUUACCCUGCUUACACUCCAACAGAUCAUCAGGUCCCAAAUACCAUUCGUCUCCAUUCACUCCUAUCAAACAUGCUCAUGCAUUAUAUUAUUAUUAUUAUUAUAUAUUAUUAUACUAUUAUUAUGAUACAUAUUAUUAUUAUUAUUAUUUGUAAAGUAAAAGGACACAAGUGCAACUAAUGUGACAUUUUAUUGUGGCAACGUUUCGCAACGUUGCCACAAUAAAAUGUCACAUUAUUUGCACUUGUGUUCUUUUACUUUACAUAUUGUCGGUAAUUCUACCAACAUAUAUACCAUUAUUAUUAUUGCAAUAUAAGUAAUUUGUAAUUUUUAUUCACACAGAAAAUAGAAGAUUUACUGUUAGGCAGACUACUGCAUUAUUGUAAUAAUUGUAUAAAUAAUGUCAACCCAUUUAUGACUGCAUAUUGGAAUGGACAGUGAUGUCAUUUGUUUACUCUUGAACAUCGCCAAAGAAUCGAACAUUUCUGCUACUUUGAGCUCAGUUUCAAGGUACUUUUCAUCAUGGAACCAAUUAAAAUCAUAUCUUUUUCUGUAAUAUAUCUUCCAUUCUCUCAAAUGAGACCAAAAAAACGAGAAUACAACCAUAAAACCCAUACGAAAAUACCGCUAAGAAGUGGCUAAUUGCUGAGAAGUGAACUCCAUUAUUUAUGGCUCAAUUUCUUUCAUUUUUUGUGUACAUUAAGAAGCAUCUUUCCAUUAUACAUUGCUCAAGUUUUUAUAAGAUAGUCCAACAAACAAAUAAGAUCCAAUUCCCUAGAUCAAGAGCAAGAGUCCCUCACCAGCAUCAAGGAACCUCCUUUGAGGCCUGCUCGCUUGUGGAAAUUUCGCUCAUGUAUGGAAGCAAAAAAUCGACCCAUCGACUGCUUGUAUUUGGAAAAACUCGCACGUGGAUGCGCUCACAAGUGGAGGUUCCACUGUAAUAGGAUAUUUUAAGCAUUUAGCAGAAUUUGCUUUUAGACAAGUUAAUUUCAUUUAUUUGAACCAUCGUCGUUUCUUGUAUUGUUUAAUCCUUGCACUGUAAAUUGUGAUUUUUUCCUUUUUUGUGUGUGGAUUUUUAUUUUUCAUGACUCGUUAAUCAAUAAAGUUAUUGCACAAUACUCA